UGUAGACGGCGUGGGUGGCCACAGCCCUGCGCACAGCUGCUGCGGUAAGAAGGCUGCGCGACCCCGGAGGUCCUGGGGGUUCCCGGAGACUAAGUGGCAGCGCGCGGCGGCGAACAGCUAGGGGCGCCAGCCCGGGACGUCGGCUCAGUACAGCCUGGGCUCGCGUGGAGGAGGCGGAGGGCGUGGAGGGCCGAGUCCAGUCGCCUGCAGUCGAGGAGCCGUUGUGGGCAUCGCCUCCAAGUCCCCCCGAGACCCCUACGGCCCGGGCCGGCAGAUCGCUGGUGCAGCGGGACAUCCAGGCCUUCCUGAACCAGUGUGGCGCCAGCCCAGGGGAGGCACGCCACUGGCUCACACAGUUCCAGAUCUGCUACCGCUCGGUGGACAAGCCCUUCGCCGUCAUGGAGGUGGAAGAAGAGGUACUCAAGUGUCCUCAGGCGGUGUCCAGCCUGGCCUUCGCCCUGGCCUUCCUGCAGCGCAUGGACAUGAAACCACUGGUGGUCCUGGGGCUGCCCACCCCCACAGCGCCUUCCGGCUGUCUUUCCUUCUGGGAAGCCAAGACACAGCUUGCCCAGAGCUGCAAAGUGCUAGUAAAUGAGCUGCGGCACAACGCGGCCACUGCCGUGCCUUUUUUUGGCGGUGGGUCAGUACUGAGCGCUGCGGAACCAGCCCCGCAUGCUAGCUACGGUGGCAUCGUCUCGGUGGAGACAGAUCUGUUGCAGUGGUGCCUGGAGUCCAGCAGCAUCCCUAUCCUGUGCCCCAUUGGAGAGACAGCUGCGCGUCGCUCGGUGCUUCUCGAUUCACUGGAGGUGACCGCGUCGCUGGCCAAAGCGCUAAAGCCUACCAAAAUCAUCUUCCUCAAUAAUUCAGGCGGCCUACAGGAUGCCAGUCAGAAGAUUCUGAGCAACGUGAACCUGCCCGCCGACCUGGACCUGGUAACCAACGCGGAGUGGCUGAGCAUCAAAGAACGGCAGCAGAUUAGGCUCAUCGUGGAUGUGCUCAGUCGCCUGCCCCACCACUCCUCCGCGGUCAUCACUGCUGCCAGCACACUGCUCACCGAGCUCUUCAGCAACAAGGGGUCAGGCACCCUGUUCAAGAACGCAGAGCGGAUGCUGCGAGUACGUAACCUGGACAGCCUGGACCAGGGCCGCCUAGUGAACCUGGUCAACGCCAGCUUCGGCAAGAAGCUCCGGGACGAUUAUUUGGAGUCCCUGCGCCCACGGCUGCACUCGAUCUACUUCUCUGAGGGGUACAACGCCGCAGCCAUUCUGACCAUGGAGCCGGUAUUAGGGGGCACCCCAUACCUGGACAAAUUUGUGGUGAGCUCAGGUCGCCAGGGCCAAGGCUCGGGUCAGAUCCUGUGGGAGCGCCUUCGGAGGGACCUGCAAAUGCUGUUCUGGCGCUCUCGAGUCACCAACCCCAUCAAUCCCUGGUACUUCAAGCACUGCGAUGGCAGCUUCUCCAACAAACAGUGGAUCUUCUUCUGGUUUGGCCUAGCUGACAUCCGGGACUCCUAUGAACUGGUCAACCAUGCCAAGGGGCUGCCAGACUCCUUCUGCAAACCAGCUUCUGACCCAGGCAGCUGACCCCCAUCGUGGGCCCCACAGGCCCUGGGACAGCCAGGGUGGACCAAAAAUCAUGCCUACUGGAGGGCGACCCCAGGCAACUGAGGAGGAAGCAGUGCCAUCUGCCGAGGGUACGAAGGACGGGGAAACACAAAAGGGAAGGCAGCUGAAGACCCUGCUUCAAAGCCACAACCAGAUGGCCUUCAAUUUUCAGCCUGGAAUUGGGUUGGGGGUUGCUUUCCAGGGCUCUACUUAGGGUAACCUUAAGGCCAGGCCAAUUCCUGUGGCCUCUGUGUUGUUUUGAGGUUCCUUUGUCUUAAAUAACUAUUCUCACCUGCCUGAUCUCCAACCACUCAUUUUACUUCCUUUGGGUCUUUCCAUUUUUCAGGAGGUCUUGAUUAAAAUGCAAAUACUUGUCUGAGUCA